CUCCUCCCACACCCCUCGGCUGCUUAUAUCUCCUCCACCGCUGUGUUCCGACACCAGAGCGUACCAUGAUCCGCUGGAGGGAAGCGGGCCUCUCUGAGCAGAGCAGCGUGACACAGAGGAGAGAGAGAAAGCCAAUGUUGGAUUCUGACAGCAGCAGCAUCGUCAGCAGCAACGGGAACGGAGGCAAGUUCGCGCACCCCCCAGCUUGGCAGCAGCCCCCCAGCCCGCCUGUGUGACAUGGGCGGCACCACAGGCCAAGCACCCUGCCGGCCACCGGCACCGCCACUGCCGGCCUCCGACCAGGAGGGGGUGCCAGAGGAUGGCCCACCCAAAGGCCCCGAGACCACCUCUACACUGGAUCGGCUGGCACAGGCCACGGGGGGCACAGAGAAGUCCUGGUACCGCUGCGUCUUCCCCUUUGGGGUGAUAUCGCUGGUGAUUGGUGUGGCGGGUACGGGCGUCACCUUCACGUUCAACAACCUGCCGCAGACCAAGGUGGUGUCAGUGGUCCUGCUGGGCGUGGGGCUGGUCCUGGUUCUGACCGCCGCCGUCUGUUGGAGGGUCCAUAAGAUGAAGCGGGAGAAGAAGAAGGAAGGGGAGUUCAGCUCUGAGCAGUGUCCCCUGUGAGAGGGGUGCAGGGGGGCGGAUGGAUGCACAGGCAUAGCACUGGAGGGACAGAGGCUGCGGAGUGGGACAGCCGCCUCGUUUGUUUCUGGUGGGGUGGCAGGGGGCUGUUUUGGGUCUGAUCAGUGGAUGGUGCUUGGCCCAGAUGGAGUGUGUCUGAGAGACCCCCCCAAUCUCACACCCACAUGCACAGUACCUUUGAGUGCAGUGGCGUGAAGGUUAUCUGGAGCAGUGCUGGCUCCAGUGUUUCCGUGGGAUUAUCUGCCACGUCAUUCCACUUCCUGUUUUGACUCGUGACAGCGUGGGAUCGCCCCCAGGGGGGUUGGCCGGCGUCUACACCCGAGCCCCAUCUCAUCCUCGAGCGCCAGUUCUCUGCACGUGCGAGAUGGCAGAGAGGAUCACUUCCUUGGUUUGGUUGGGGGGGUUGAAUCUGUGGUGGGGACUGCAGAGCGGGCGUUGGGGGUUUGCAUGUGGGGGCGAGAGACAGCGAGCACGUUGGUAGAUGAGAUGGGGGUGGUGGAUCUAUCAAGGGGAAGUGAGACAAUGUAUAGAUAGCAUGCUGCAGUCAGUGCUGAGGUCAGUGCUGGUGUCAGGCAGGGUGUAAAUGAAGGUCGUCAAAGUUUUAGUGCUGUGUGUUCCGGUGUCAGUGUUGUGCUGAUGUAAGUGUUGGUGUCGGUGUUGCCCUGAGUUCUGAUGUCAGUGCUGGUCAAAGUGUCCAUCAGGGUCUCAGUUUGCAACUGGCAAAACUGGAAGGGUUGCGUCUGGAACCUGAGCAGACACACCAUGCACUCUGUGAGUGUGUUUGUGUGUCUGUAAGAGAACCGGCUAAUUCAUGCCAGGCUUUGAUCUGCGUCCAGGUGGGUGUGUUUGUAAAAUCAGUACAAUCAAUCAUAUUAUCGAGCACGUUCCAGUUCAGUGUGACCCCCCCCCUCAGCACAGCACCACCAGAAGGGGGGGCGACUCCUCUUUCCCGUCAUUACUGAAGUACACAUUACUAUCUGUGUGCAUUAACCCUUCAUAGCCGGUGCAUCAGAGCCUUCCUGCCUCAUCUGCAUUUCAGAAGAAUAAGUGAAGGACCCGGCCAUCGAGAGGCACCCUCAUGCCUGGUCGCCCCCCCCCCCCGUUACUGGCGUCUCCCGCAUGUUCCACAGUGCGUGUGGCACCAGCUGACCUUAGAUGUGUUUAGGCUGUUCUUGUACUUCCAGCUGUAGGGGAAUGCAUGCGAGAUGUUGCUUUGGUCACGUGGGUCUUGAAGCCAACGCGGUCUAUAAGGAAAUUUCCUCUUAAGUGCCUGUUAACCUCAGCGCACUUGGAUUGGAGGGGCGAGGUGCUUUGAGAACAUCUUACGUAAAGCGAUUAGUUUAUUACGUUUUUUUUUUUUUUUUUUUAGCUUUUAAGGUAAUGCUGGAUUUCCUUUUCGGGGAUCCAAACAGCAGUGCUGGAUCCCUCUUGUUUUUGUACUGAUUAUUUAAAUUAGUAUUUCUUUUUGUUUGUUAUUAUUCAUAUUUUUCUACAGAAAUGCAAGAGAGUAGACAAUGUUCCUUAUAUUUGCCCACUUGUAGCAAAAGUACGAGCUGUGAUAUGUGUGGGAGGGUAUGCAUUGUGUAUAUUCUGACCAAUGUGGAUAGCGGGUGGCCAAUCAAGAGCUUACGUGGAUUGUGACGCGGCGACACCUCAGCCAAUCGGAAUGCACGGCGACAGAAGGCUGGACCUUUCAUUCCCCAGCCCUUUACACCUGCUGCUGGCACCGAAGGGGUGUGUUGGCUGUGCUCUCCACUUUCUUCCCCUUAUGCGCUCAUUCAACAGAGGGAGGGGGGGGAGCGGUGUGGGCGGGGGGAGAGCUCCGUGGAUUCAUUGAGAAAAAAGGGGACCAGAAGCAGAGGACGUGCCUGGAAUGCAGAAGCUGCCCCGACAGCUGUGGUACAGCACCAGGCAGACGGAGGAGGGCAGGCAGGUGCCCCCGACUGCUCUGCCAGCCCAGGCCUGCCCCCCUCCCCACCCAGUCCUGAUUACCACGGACAUCUGAUGUCAGGUCUACGCCAAAAAGAAAUGCCAGCAUGAGGUCAAUAAGAUGAUGUUGGCUUUGGUCUAUGUGGGUGGUCUGCGUGGUCUAUGUGGGUGGUCUGCGUGGUCUAUGUGGGUGGUCUAUGUGGUCUAUGUGGGUGAGCGUCGUGCUUUUCCCAGGUAGACUUCACAUCCUAGGAGGUGUCCGGGAGCUUCCUCCUCAGCUCGGCCGGAAACUGAAACACGGGAACACUUCUGCCACCGCCGCCGACCGCAAUCUGCCAGCGACAUGGACUAUGGACCCAGUCCCGCCCCUGAAACGGAGUCCGGUUCCCAGUUCAGAAUGCACGAGUCCUGCUUGUCGGUCUGUCCCGCACAGAGCUGAAUGUACACACUGUAGUGUUCCCCCGGACCACACGUGUGUGUAACGUACCUGUCUCGUAAAAAAUAUUUUUCAAAGCUGUAUUAAACAUGAAAGCAUAUGAUGAAA